UCUCAUAAAUACCAUGGUUUGCUCGACUAAAAAUUGUUCUGAUGGGUCGAUUUCUACUCCUUUAUAUGCUUGCUUCGGACCGUGUGGUAAUCUCUACCAUGCAAAAUGCAUUGGUUCCACUAAUGGUUUUAUUGAAAAGAUUUCUAACUCAAAGUUUGCCUAUUGGUAUUGCCCUGAUUGCCGCGAAUUAUCUAUAUCUACAUUAGCUUUCAAAAUGUCUUCUUUUAAAGCAGACAUUUUAAAACUCUCAAAAGGUUUCGAAGAACUUCUGAAUGUUUUUAAUACUGCGGUCUCAAAUUUAAAUUCUUUUUCCAUAACUAACAGUAUGGUAAAUAACUCCACUUCAACUGAUGAUUUAGUUCCUGACCUUCCUCCAAAUUUAAUUUCUUCUCACGAUGAUGAUAUUCUUGCCCAGUCUGGUUCCGGUAUAAACAAAGCUCAUGUACGUACCCAAAAAGUUAACAAAAAAAGAAGGAGAGACAAUUCAUCGAAUGUGAAAAAUUCUGGUCCAUCUCCAAAACGCACAAAUCUCAACACAAAUCCUCAUCCUAUUGCCGUAUUACCUGAUCCUACUCAACCAGUAGCCUCGACAACCACCGUUGCUAGUACUAAUAUAAUCAAGGCUGUUUCGAAACCAAGAUCGAUUUUCGUUUCACGUUUAGACCCUAAUACAUCUCCUGAUGAUAUUAUUUCCCAUUUAGUUUCUUGUAAAAGCAUUCCUUCAACAACAUCUGUUAAGUGCACAAAAAUAAGUAAGCCCAAUAGUUUUAUUUCAUCAUUUAAAAUUGUAACAAACCCAACUUAUUUUGAUUCCAUUUGCAACACUCAUAUUUGGCCCCUAGAAACCUUAGUUAAAGAGUUCUCCAUCACAAAAAAACACCCUGUAUCUAAAACACCUUCGACAAAAAACUCAGCAGGAUUGCCCUCUUUUACCAAAACGUAA